CUAUUUUUCCCUUUGGAUGUCCCGUAGUAUGUUAGUGACUGCAUAAGCUGAUUGGCGCUUUAGAAUUUAGGAAGAAUCGUGGACGGUGUAAACAGAAAAGUUUGAAAAUGAGUCUUCGGAAACAAACUCCCAGUGACUUCUUGAAGCAGAUCAUUGGAAGACCAGUGGUUGUGAAACUGAACUCUGGGGUUGAUUACCGAGGUGUUCUAGCAUGUCUGGAUGGGUACAUGAACAUUGCAGUGGAGCAGACAGAAGAGUAUGUCAAUGGGCAGCUGAAGAACAAAUAUGGAGAUGCAUUUCUGCGGGGUAAUAAUGUAUUGUACAUAAGCACUCAAAAGAGGAAGAUGCAAUGAAGACUUUUUUUUUUUUUU